AAUUAACUCAAACACAAUCCUGUGCGUGCGCUUCGUACCCACCAGAUCAUGAACGGCUUGCGCCGCCUCCUCCCCCGGCUCCUCCGCCGCGAGCCCACGGCGGCCGUCAGCGCAUGGCAGCCUCGGUUGCCGCCCGGGUACCACGGCCACCACUUCACUAGACCUGCCGUCCGUCCACGACACUACUGCACUUCGCCGUCUAGCCCGACCACACAGACCCGCUUGGGCUCCCGUUGGUACCACGAUCCACGGAAGGUCGCCGCGUCGGUGUCUGUCGUCUCUGCCGCCUUAUGCUACCAGUUCCUCGAGGUGAUUCCAUGGACCAACCGCGCGCACUUCAUCUUCCUGUCCCAUCAGUCGGAGCGAGCGCACGGACUCGCCGAGUUCGCCGACUACAAGCAGGAGGUGGUCUCCAAAAUCCUCGGCCCGCGCCACCCUCACAGCGUCCGCGCCCGUCGCAUCGCCGAGAGGAUCAUCCACGCCGGCAUCGACGACGCUGUCAUCCUCCGCGUCGCCAGCAACCGGCACAAGGGGAAGGCAUGGCUACCUCCGCCUCAGACGAGGCAUCUCCAUGGGCUCGACUGGGAGGUGAUCGUGGUGGAUCACAAGGGCAACACCGGCGCCUACUGCACGCGCGGCGGUAAAAUCGUACUGUACACGGGAUUGCUCGACCACUUCAAGACCGAUGGUGAGAUUGCAUUUGCUAUCGCCCAUGAGGUUGCGCACAUCAUCGCAAGGCAUGAAUCUAGAUUUGACAUAGUUCAGUUUCCAUUUUGAGUUCUUUACAGUGUUCCCAAAGUUAAUAUGGGCCAUCCAUGUAUGCUAAUCCAACGGUUAAAUUCAUCUGAUACUGCAACACAAUUCUACGGGAGUACCAUCACCUAAGAGGGUACCUCCGUUCCAAGGGUAAAGUUGUAACUUUGGUGGAACAAUUGUGUAGUGGGGAACUACAUUGAAUUACGAGAGGAAAUUUACCAGUUUUUUUAUUUGAUUUGUGAUUAUGGUCAUGGGGGAAUUGUGUCCAAUUGAUGAUUCCUUCCACUAAACGCUAGACCACCAUUCGUUUGUUAAACACAGUCCUUUUCGCAUUUGAUCUUGUGGCCGACACAAAUUUUUUUGACAAUCUUAUGAGAGAUCCUCCUGCAGCUUCUCCACGUCCCAUGUUCUUGUGGCCGACACAAACAAUUUUGACACCAGAACAUGAGCGGUAGGUGAUUCCAUGCACAUUGGUCUCAGCAUAUGAUCCCGUGGUAAGUUUUCUUGCAUAAUCCUGGUAUUCCUUGGCGUAGUACAUCGCACCCUUCCAAAAUUCCUCUCUAAACCUGUCAAGAUGAGCUUCCAAGGACAUUUAGAUCGUGCCUUCAAAAGUAUGAUACUUAAUGAAGUAGGUUCCUUUAAGAGCCUCCAUGCUUGUUUAGAUACACAACUUAAAAAUUACCAAUAUCACGAAAAACCAAUCCCCCAUAUAUUUUGGCAUGCACUUGGAAUCGCAUGAGACCCAUGUUAUUUUCCUUUCUCUUGCUUCCUCAUCAGAAACUCUGUAUGAGUGACGUAAUGGGCUGACAUAAUCCUCUUGGUAGCUUGAAGCCGGACAUUGAAAAUGUUGGCACAACCUGGGCAACUGCCUUGUUUAAAAUCUCUUCCCAACCAUAUACAACAAGAGUUUUUCUAUCCACCCUUGAACUCUUUUCUAGGCAUUAUCUUUCAGAUAUGCAAACACUCCAUUCUUUUGCCAACCAACAUCAGCCGGUAAUCCCAAAUAUUAGUCAUUAAGAGAUUCUUUCUCUACUUCUAGAAUCUGCUUAACUGCAUGUAAGUUAUUUUCAGAGCAGCCCUUACCAAAGUAAAUAAAGGACUUGGAUAGGUUCCCUCGCUGCCCAGAAGCAUCACAAUACUUUUGCACUGAAUCUCUGGCCCAGGCAGCCCUUCGAUAGAUGCUUUCAAAAAUAACAGAGUAUCAUUUGAAAAAAAAGGUGUUUAACGGUAAGUGCCAAGGGAGCCCCUUGUAUACCCACCGGUGUCACUUCCUCACGCUUUAACAUAUAACACAAUCCUUCAGCUACCAGCAAAAAAUAGGUAAGGAGAUAUGAGGCCCGAGUCGGCCUACACUCCUUUGAGACGCCACCAUUCAAGAUGGCCAAGGUAACCAAGGUCACCCUAUUCAAGAUGAGCUGCACAAACCUUGGGGGCGAAUCCAAUUUUCUUCAAGAUAGCUUCCAGAUAACUCCAUUCUACUCUGCCAUAGGUUUUCAUCGUAUCUAACUUAACUGCACAAUUAGAAUUAG